AGACAUUAUCAUGUAUUCUUUACAGAUUAUCGCGCUGCUAAAAUUAGCAUUGGCAAGCCUCAGCCUCUCGCAGACAACUACUAAGUGCAGUCCGCUAGAGGAGCGUUGUCCUCCAGACACGGGCUUGAAUAGUGAAAGCUUCGGUUCAGAUUUUACCCGGGGUAGAUCUUCCUUGGCUGGUUGGGUUAAUAUUAAUAGUAAUAUUGGCUUUGGUCCUGACGGUGCCGAGUUUACUAUUGCGAAGAAGGGAGAUUUGUCUACUAUUGAGACGGAUUUUUACUUCUUCUUCGGCAAGGCCGAGGUUGUGUUGAGAGCUGCAGCUGGUAUUGGAAUUGUGAGUAGCAUUGUUCUGGAGUCGGAUGUUCUUGACGAAGUUGACUGGGAAGCACUUGGAGGUGAAACAAGUCAAAUCCAGACCAACUACUUCGGCAAGGGAGAUACUUCAAGCUACAAUCGUAGUACCCACGAGGCUGUCGCUACGCCCCAGGAGGUCUUCCAUACCUAUACUAUUGAAUGGUCACCUGAGGCCAUCACCUGGUCCAUUGAUGGCGCUGUUCGACGCACUCUGACCUAUGCCGAGGCUAAUGAUGGGAGCCGCUUUCCCCAGACACCCAUGCGCUUGAGACUUGGUAUAUGGGCAGGUGGUGACUCUGAAAAUGCUCCUGGAACUAUUUCAUGGGCUGGUGGACGCACAGAUUAUGCUGCUGGUCCUUUUACCAUGCACGUCAACUCUGCUUAUAUUGAAAAUACCUAUCCUAGUUCUAGGUACACCUACGGAGACAACUCCGGCUUUUGGGGUAGCAUCAAGACCGAUGUUUCCAGGCCUCCGGCUUGAAAUCACUACAGUACGAUUACGUGAUACGCUUACCCAUUUGAUUCGCAUACAAGGCCGUGGCUCUGGGAGGAAGGUAUAUGUUUUUUCUUUCUUUUCGUACCGAGUCAAUUUGUCAGAGCGAUCCCCUGCUUGACCGCCUCAAACGUCGCGGCAUGCUCGAGGUGAUUCAGGGGCUGGAUCCCCAACACUGGCCAAAUAGUUCCACCGACCAUGACUUCUGGGUAUAGGGCGAUAGCCAGAAGCCUGGUUAAUAGAUUGAACCAGGUUUAAGGUCAAUUGAACUGCUUUUUAGCGAGAAAUUUCAAAAAUUCGGUCUGAGCUGAGAGUAGUUGUUUUUACGUGUUGCAAUUUCCUAGGAAAUCCACGCGACCGGAACGGAGUACAGUGGGUGAUCACCUGACGAUCGUCCCCAUCUGACGAUCGAUUUCAACCACCACCUUACCUACAGAACAUGAGGCAAUUCAACCACAUAUAAUUAAUAUUAUCGCUCAAUUUUUUGGUGGUGUAAUAUAGUCAUUAUCUAGAGUAAUUUAAUGAAUUUUAAUUGGUCCGGAAGCGCUGUGGAAGCCGGAUCUCGCGGCCUCGUCGAUUUACAGUAGGAGGGACCUCUUCAACAACAUCAGGCGACACUGGGUUGAUAUCUUGAGGUUUUUGACGAUUCAAAGCUUUAGAUGGCUUCUUUGGGGUCUUCCUUACUUGCUGGAAGUCUUUUUGGAGUUGCUUCUCUGCCUCCUUUGCCGCGCGAGCUUCCUCCUUCUCCUUCUUCUUUUGCUCUGCCUCCAAGCGGCGCAACUCUUGCUGAUGUUCCCGGUUUCGCUUGCGCUCUUCAAGUAAUUGCUGCUUAAGCUCUUUAGCUUCCUGCCGGCGGACCUUUUGAAGCUCUUUGGAAGCCUUUAGCUCAUUAGCAGCUCUUUCCUUUUCAAGCUGAAGGUCACGCGCUUGCUGAAUCUUUUGAGGCCUUCGCAGCGGAGUUUUAGAAGAAUAUUCUCUGUAGAGAGGUGAUGCAUCGUUAAUCUUAACUUCUUGGUGUUUUCAUUGUAUACAUCUGUGACAACACCCCGGAGGAGAUUUUCGAUUCGCUUCCAGUCUUCUGCACUUAAUACAGAGCGGGAUGACUCGCUAGUAGAAGGUCUUGACUCUGGUUCCUUGCUGAAUCUCUUGAGGAUGAUCUCUGGGUCGAAGGGAUGUAUUCCAACAGUUUUCCAUGAAGAUAUAAUAUUCUCGCAUGUCAAAGCCCUUCCCCAGGCUGGGAAGAAGAGGCGAAAGAAGUCCCGUUUUGUAAUAUGGCUUAAUCCCAGAGAUAUAUGAAGAAAUGCCUCCAGUUCAUCACUAUAGGCCUUCGACAGCGGGCUGAAGAUCCCAACAUCUAGCGGCUGCAGCGAAUGGGUCGAAUGAGGCGGAUAAGUGACUAGAAUGAUCUUAUUCUUAUCACAGUAAUCGAAGAACUUCAUGGUGAGGUGAGAUCCGUGGCCAUCUAGGAAUAGAAGCCUCCAGCGCCUCCGUGCCUUGUCCUUUGUUUCUCGAUCGAAAAUUUGAGUCAACCAAGCGAAUCCCAGCUCAUCAUUUGUCCAACCGCUUGUAGAGGAGCUAAAAAAGACCUUAUGGUGUUGAGGAUCAAAAUCCUGAAGCCAUGUAUCUUGUAUAUCGCCGCUGGCCGCUUGGUAAAUAAGCCCUGGGGACAGCGAGGUCCCAUCAGCGCAAAUACAAGCAAUUGUAGUAAUCCACUCGCGAUUCCCAUCUUGUAGGCGCUCCUGGAAGUUUCCUUCCUGAUAUUUCUUCUUGGAGAAGAUCCUGAGGCCUUUAGAUAGCAUUCCAAUAAGAAAUCCCUUCUCAUCCAUAUUGUAUAUAUUCUCCGCCUCAACCUUGUAUUGGUCCAUCUUCCGGGCUAAAAGAUCAAAGUAUCGCGCAUAUUUAUAUGCUGAAUCGGCUCUCUUUCGAUUUGAAUCCAUCGCGGUGGUGUAGGCAGAGGCAAGUUCAUUAUGAUGCUUCUUUAGAAAGCGCCCAGGCCAGUGCUUUCCUGGCUCCUUUCCAGUCAAUUCUUUAGCAAAAUUCCGAAGCAUCUCAUGGGAUAUAUACAGGCCUUUGUCAGAGAGCCCAUUAAUAUAUAUAAUAAGGUCUUUAGCCUGUUGGUUGUUGAGAAUUCGCUGCUCUUCAUAUUGGUCUUCCCUCGAUCGCUGAACACCGCGGUGGCGCCUUGACAGAGUUAACCGGUUAACCCCAAAUUGUUUCGCAAUUUCAGUAUAAUUAAUUGAUUUGCCUGGCUUCAGCGAUUCGAUCGCUGCUAACGCUGCAUCCAUUGGAGUUAAAUUGAAUGAGAUAUAAGACUUUGAAG